CAGUCAGUCAGUCAGUCAGAGCGAAAGACAGAAAGAGCCCUUCAGAAAUACAAAGAACAUCACAGGGACCACCCAAGGGAAGGACCAAGAGGUCGACUUCGAAAUCCUCCCUGACAUUCUCCCUGCCUACCCCUUAUUCGAACUUCAACAUGAUUGCAAUGGAAAACUACAGUGGACCCAGGUAGUUGGAUAGGUCAUUGGCUUGAGCCAUGGCUCAAGUGGCCCCGGUGGAGGCCAAGCCUCCGUCGUCACCGGAUCACUCCCGUCAUGUUCAUCGAUUGGUGCAAGAUGAGAAUGCCAAGACCAUUUUGCUCAAUGUGCCCUUGGAAGUCUCGGUGGCUUCGGAUCCCUCCACCAGUUUGAGGCCCUUUAAGAAGCCUCUGGUUCCGCCCAUGGCCACCUCGCCCCGAUCUGCAGCCGAGACCCUGGAGCAUGGGCGUCAACGGAAAACGCCCCGAGAUCGCGCGCCCAACUUGCGGAAAUCCGUGACUACGUCGGCUGCUUCGGCCGCUUCGGCCGCUUCGGCCACUAUGACUAAACCCCAACGCAUCCGAUCUGCCUCAGUGGGCCGUGAUAAGAAGUUCGAUCUUCAGGCUCGUUAUUGGGCGUUCCUGUUUGAGAAUCUGCGGCGAGCGGUGGAUGAUCUGUAUCACACUUGUGAGGCCGAUGAUAGCAUUCCCGCGGCCAAGGAAGUGAUUUUAGUGUUGGAGAAUUAUGUGAGAGACUUUCGAAAUCUGUGUGAUUGGCUGAAACUAGAAAAGGAAUAUGAGAACACACCUCCGCCUCAAAGACCCACCUCUUUGGCGUGGGAGGUGCGGAAGACGUCGCCCGCUGGGAAAUUGGCGCCAGCCUCAUUUUUUCCGUCCCAUCGAUUGCUCAUGGGAGCCAACCCGGUGGCCAAGCGGGCCUUGAGUUUUGAUGAUCGGAAAGACACCACGAUAUCGAGGGUGGAGGAAGCCAAAGAGGAUGUCACGCCGGAAGAGAUCAGUAUUGAGCCCGCUCCGCUGGCAGAAGAAGGUCCAGCCGAACCCAAGUGGGAUGAUGAGCCUCAAGUUACCCCGGUAGACAUGAGCAUUGAUCCGGAGGAGGAAAAAGAAAAUAUUGAAGGCGAUACGGUGAAUGGUCCAGUCAAGUCCAUGGAUGAGAGCAAACCGGGUCGACGGCCGAGUAGUGUCAACCUUGUCGCCGGCAAGGCCUCGCCAGCGUUAAAAAGCUCUCGCUCGACCAAUACUGUCAAAUCCAGACCAGCCUCAGCCCCUAGGGCGGCCUCGUCUGGACCUCGAUCUGGAUCGACGUCGACGGGCGUCACUGUCAAGUCUACAUCCACGGCUAGCCCCAAGUUAAUGCGCCGGUAUUCUUCGACGGUAAAGGAUGGUAAAGUUUUACCUAUGAAGCCGAAGUCUCAAGAAGCGCAGUCGAAUAAGCCCCAACGUAUUUCUUUGGUGGCCCGCCAGAGCUUGGUGACUUCUUCGGCUAACAAUAGCGGGAAUUCGGUGGCGAAGAAUGUUCACGCCAAGACCAACACCUUAAUCAGAUCGAAGACGACCUUGACGCAGCCCUCACGAUCCUCGGGCAGACCGUUGAAGAUGAUGCAGAAUCCGCCAGCCAGUUUGCCUCCUUCAAAAGCCACUUCAAUAGCUUCAACGCCAUCAACGCCAGGUCAUCCGUAUGGAUCCACUUCAUCCAUUAGCUCGACCAGUUCAUGCCGAAGUUGGGCAGAUACCGUCAAAGGGCUGAAAACCCCGAGAUCAGUGGAGAGCAUUGCCUCCAAGCCCACGAAAAAGCCUGAUGACGAUCCGGAGGAAGGGUGGGAAACCGUACGAUCCCGAGGUCGAACUCGGUUUUCGCCCUCAAAUCAUCGAGAUGGCGAUAAGAGCAAGAGACCUUUAAUGAAACGGGACAGUCUGGAUUCUAACAUAAAGGUUAAACACUCGGCCAAGUCCCGCUAUCAAGUUCCGAGCUCGGCCCUAUCGCUCCCAACCUUGGCCUUGAUGGAGGAAGAAUCCGUCAGUGAGUCUAGCAAUAGUGCCAAUAGUGCCAAACCUUCCAGCGUAAAGACCAGCUCUUCUAAAUCGUCUUUGGACAAAGUCUCUGAAGGUGGUAAGAACAGCUCCUCUGAGAGUCUCACAGGGAAGUCCAAAAAGAAGGCCAGCUCAUGCACUCCCGUCUUCAACAAACCUCGACCUCGACCACUCACCUUAAAGACGGAUAAGGCUAAAGUAGAGGCGAGGAUGAAAGAGACCAGUGACAAACUAGUGCAAACAGCUGGCAAGGCCAUUAACGAGAAUCAUCCAAGAAAUGAUUCCAGUUCAAUGACGAGCUCUACUGGAAGCAAGCAUGAUCUAGAGAGUGAAGAGAACGACGACCUUGGAGCCUUGACACCGCAUAAAUUCGAAAAACUACUCGACGGCCUGUCCUGGUCAGAGCAAAUGGAGUUGGAAGAAAAAUGGAACGAGUCUCGAUAUCCCGGAAGAGCCAUUCAACUCCAUGAGAAAUUAUCUAGUCCAGCUCGAAAGAAGGAGCCUCAAGUGGCCUUCAGAGAGCAUCAAGAGAAGCAAAAGCAAGCUCGUCUCAGACGAGAACGUUAUCAAGACGAGAAGGCGCAGCGUUUAGGUGCCAAGAACGCCAAGAUCGAGAAUGUGAUUGCCCAAAAGGAGCAGAUGAUCAACGAAAAGAAAGGAGCGUUGGAAGAUAAAAUGAAGAAGGCCGAGGAAAAACGUCUCCAAUACAUCGAAGGUAUUCGUCGCAAAGCCCAUGAAGAGGAAGCUAAACUGAAAGAAAUUGCCUUCAUCAACGAGCUUCAGGCUCAAAACACACGCAUUGACAUGCUCACUCAUAAUCAGACCAUUGAUGAAAAACAUGAAGAGCGGCUGGCAGAACUGGCCGAAGAAAGAGCUCGAAAGGCCGAGGAACGUGAGGCCAAAGAAGCCCGCGCAGAGCAACGACGGAAGGACCUCGAAGAGAAGCGGCAAGCCAAUUUGAAUGCCUUAAGAGAGCGGAUCAAAUCCAGAGAAGAGCGAAUCAUGGAAGAACAAGAACAAACUCGAAAGGACCGGGAAGAGGCUGCCCGAGAAAAGGCUCGAGAUCGAGAGGAGAAGCUUUCAACAGUUCGUGCCAAUGAAGAGGGCCAAAAGGUCGAGUUGCAAGAGAAGAUUCAGAUCAAACAUGAAGAAGCUGCCAAGCGACACAAGGAAAAACUGGACCGAGUUCGGCAAAAGGCUUUGGAGUUGUCGGUCCAGAAGUGCUCUUCGGACGACAAUGUGCCUACGUUGAAGGCCUAUGAGUGCAUGAAGAAGUGCCAAUUGUGCCAAGUUCUCAUCUUGAACGAGGUCGAUCUGCAAUCCCACUUGCGAGGGCGAAAACAUUUGGACAAUGCGUUCAAAGAAAGCGGAGGCAUGAAAUUGUCUGGGGAUGACCUACAAACAUUCAAUCUGAAAUUCAUCACGGAUGCCGAGGCGGAUGAGCAAGAUCCCAAAGUCCGCGAGAGCCGUGAGAGACUAAAGGCCAUGAAGAAAAGAUCGAAAAAGAUCAAGAGUCGUAUGAGCAUUCGUACGGCAGAAUUCGAACGGACCGUGAUCUACCCCACCAAACUGGAUUCCCAAUUCCGUGGAAAGAUCGGCAAGAGUCUGAAAGAGUUGGAGAAGCUUCUAAGUAGCCAAGUGCGUGGACCUUUGCCCAAUGUCGCGAUUACAACGAUUGAACGGGCCUUGGGAGAAAUUUCUCGGGCACUGACCAAAGGUUUCUCGGCUGAUAAGACCUGCUUCUUCGGUUUGAAAGGCUUUGGAACCUUGGCUCGAAUUUAUCAUUUACUGGAUGAGCAGAAGCUCACCUGUAUCAUCCCAUUGAAGAGUGUGGUGAAUUGCAGUCGAUGUUGGGCUUUAGCCUGUCAAGGCCAUAGGGUCAACGUGGACUUUGUACUGAAGAACAAUCAUUUGACCACAUUGAGCGACAUCUUGUUCGAUCGGCUCGAGAUUUUGGUGCCCAGCUCUAAUGAUGAUCUUAUCGAGUGUCCCCCUUCAUCCGAGCUUCAAGUGGACCCUGUGGCCCGAGCCAUCAUGGAUCUGUUGGCCCAAGUCUUGGAAGACUUGUCCAAGUUCUUGCGUGAAGAUGGUAAAACCAUCGAACAAGGCUUGCCCCACGAUCUGAUUGUUCGCUCACUCGAUCUGGUCAGCUAUAUCGUCAGUGUGGGGAUCAUUGACAAGCUAGCCGCUUAUCUAAACCAAGUACAAAGUACGAUCGAUAGCAAGCCGGAAGUGGGCGAAUUCCUCUUGUCUGUCCUUCAGUUCAUGGCCGCCUUGGCUGGAGUCUCGGAUGCCUUGGUGAAGACACCCAAUGAUCCGAAAACCCGACCCAGUGACCCGACUCACUUGCUCCAAGCGUUCCAAGUGACGGACUUGGCUGGGACAGUGUCCAUGUUGUACGGAAUCCUCUUACCCCAAGGAGGUCCCAAUCGCGACGAAAACAGCAAUCCACCGAAGCUCCCAUCUCACGCUAUUGCUGUGGCCACUUCCACGUCUCAGUUACUGUUCCGCAUGAUUCGUCAACAUUUGCCCAUGGUCCAAGACGUGUUGGGACAGGAGGGAAUCUCGUUGGAAUUCCGACACAUCGCCAGUUACUUACUAUGGUAUUGCCAGGGUCAUAACGAGCAGAAACUUAUGCAUUUAAUCAUUCUCUUGGUGGGACAUUUUGCCGCGCGUCAUCCAGAUAACCAGGGCAUUCUUCAGUCGGGUCAUCAACCUUCAGUCUUGCAACAGUUAUGCAACUUGCCCAUCACUUAUUUCUCACAACCGGACUUGAAGAAGAUCCUCUUCCCCACUCUAAUCGCUGCUUGUCAUAAUCACGAGGAAAAUUUAAAUGUUUUAAAACAAGAAAUGAGUUAUCAGAUGCUUGAAGACUUCAUGAGUGGUUUGGGCAAGGAUAAUUUGUUGAUUCAACUGAUCUUGUCAUGAACGAUAACAGAUCCUAGCUAACACGAAUAAAAUUUUAACCAAA